AUGUUCAUCAAGGAGCAGUGGGCCGACGCCUCCGCCCUUCUCGGAGAAGGCGUGGAGCUGUCACCCCCGGGUUCUCGCGGGGAAAAGUCAGGAGCCAUGUCGCUCCUGUACGAUGCCGAUGAUUACACCAAAAACAGCUACAGCACUUACAACAGCUAUCGGCCUCAGACAAACCUACCGCUCACCGAUCCGUAUUCGGGCCUGGGUCCGUACGACUAUGGCACCGGCACGGACUACACGUACCCGGACCUCCAGUACCAGUACGGGCCCUCAGAGACCCAGGAGAUGUACCCAGGUUACGACCCGCAGCAGCCGGAGCGGUACGCCGUGCAGGACACGCUGGUGCCGGGCGGCGAUAUGACCAGCACGUCAGAGGUAGCCGACCAGUACAGCAACUACCAGUACCAGCAGCCGGAGAGGUACACGAUGGCCAACAACCUGGCACCGGGCGGCGGCAUCGACGGCACGAGCGAGGCGCGGGACCAGUACCAGACGUACAACGCCGGCGCCCCCGAGCGCUACACCAUGGUCAACAGCCUGCGUCCGGAGGGCGGCAUGGAGGGCACGUCCGAGGUGCACGACCGCUACCAGAGCCACGACGCCAGCAAGCCCGAUCGGUACACGAUGCAGGGGAAUCUGAAGCCGCAGGGAGGCAUCGACGGCACGACAGAGGUGCAUGAUCGGUAUGUGGGCCACAAUGCCAGCAAGCCCGAUCGGUACACGAUGCAGGGGAAUCUGAAGACGCAGGGCGGAAUCGACGGCACGACAGAGGUGCAUGAUCGGUAUGUGGGCCACAAUGCCAGCAAGCCCGAUCGGUACACGAUGCAGGGGAAUCUGAAGCCGCAGGGUGGAAUCGACGGGAACACGGAGUUCAACUCGAACUAUCAAGGUCAUGAUGCAAAGAAGCCUGAUCGGUACACGAUGAAGGGGAAUCUGAAGACGCAGGGCGGAAUCGACGGGAACACGGAGUUCAACUCGAACUACCAAGGGCAUGACGCGAAGAAGCCCGAUCGGUACACGAUGCAGGGGAAUCUGAAGCCGCAGGGCGGAAUCGACGGGAACACGGAGUUCAACUCAAACUAUCAAGGGCAUGACGCAAAGAAGCCUGAUCGGUACACGAUGCAGGGGAAUCUGAAGACGCAGGGCGGAAUCGACGGGAACACGGAGUUCAACUCGAACUACCAAGGGCAUGACGCGAAGAAGCCCGAUCGGUACACGAUGCAGGGAAAUCUGAAGCCGCAAGGAGGCAUUGAUGGUGAUACCGAGGUCCAUGACAAAUACCAAGGUCACAACGCAAAGAAGCCUGACCGAUACACAAUGCAAGGAAAUCUGAAGCCUCAAGGAGGCAUUGAUGGUAAUACUGAGGUCCAUGACAAAUACCAAGGUCAUAACGCAAAGAAGCCUGACCGAUACACAAUGCAAGGAAAUCUGAAGCCUCAAGGAGGCAUUGAUGGUGAUACGGAGGUGCAUGACAAAUACCAAGGUCACAACGCAAAGAAGCCUGACCGUCAUACAAUGCAAGGAAACCUUAAACCGCAAGGUGGCAUUGAUGGUAAUACCGAGGUCCACGACAGGUACCAAGGUCAUAACGCAAAGAAGCCUGACCGUCAUACAAUGCAAGGAAAUCUGAAGCCUCAAGGAGGCAUUGAUGGUGAUACCGAGGUCCAUGACAAAUACCAAGGUCACAACGCAAAGAAGCCUGACCGUCAUACAAUGCAAGGAAACCUUAAACCGCAAGGUGGCAUUGAUGGUAAUACCGAGGUCCAUGACAAAUACCAAGGCCAUAACGCAAAAAAACCUGACCGAUACACUAUGAAGGGAAGUCUCAAACCGCAGGGGGGUAUUGCUGGAAAUACGGAGGUCCACGACAGGUACCAAGGGCACGAUGCGAAGAAGCCUGAUCGACACACCAUGCAAGGAAAUCUGAGGCCCCAAGGAGGUAUUGAUGGCAAUACUGAGGUCCAUGACAAAUACCAAGGUCAUAAUGCGAAGAAGCCUGAGCGACAUACAAUGCAAGGAAAUUUGAGGCCACAAGGAGGUAUUGAUGGCAAUACUGAAGUACAUGACAGGUACCAAGGGCAUGAUGCGAAGAAGCCUGACCGACAUACCAUGCAAGGAAAUCUAAAGCCCCAAGGAGGUAUUGAUGGCAAUACUGAGGUACAUGACAGGUACCAAGGGCAUAAUGCGAAAAAGCCUGAUCGACACACCAUGCAAGGAAAUCUGAAGCCCCAAGGAGGCAUUGAUGGUAAUACCGAGGUACAUGACAAAUACCAAGGCCACAAUGCGAAGAAGCCUGACCGAUAUACCAUGCAAGGAAAUCUGAGGCCCCAAGGAGGCAUUGACGGCAAUACUGAGGUCCACGACAGGCCGAACGGCGGCAUCGACGGCAUCACCGACACCAAGGACAGCUACCGCGGCCACGACGCCGCCAAGCCGGAUCGCUUCACGAUGGGCACCAACCUGCGCCAGGAGGGCCAGAUGCAGGGCGGCGAGAUGGCCGGGUUGACCGAGUACGAUGACCGGUACACGCCGAUCAUGUUCGACGGCGCCGGCCAGAGGACGCGCAGGGCGGCGUCGGGCGCGUCGUCGGUGUCAUCGUCCGGCGCGUCGUCGGCCUCGUCGUCGGGCGCGUCGUCGAAGGCGGCGUCGGGGAAACUGUCCGAUGGGCUGAGCGAGUCACAGCGACCGCCGGCCAAGUUCGGCCGACGUGCGCAGAAGGCGGACGCCUCGAACAAGGCGGGGGGUGGCGAACCUCCCCCGGCAAAGGGGGGCGGGGCCAAGGGCCCGGCGGGCCGCGGCAGGAACGCCGCGGACGGCCUGAGGCCGGAGGGCAAGUACAAGAACGCCGACCCACUCAAGCUGUUCAAGGCACCGGCGAUGAUCUAA